AUCCCUCUUGACCUCGUUCUAUCUCACUCUCUUUUCUUUUUUUCUGGGGUUUCACUUUACUUACUUUCUGUCGUGCUUGACAAGAAGCAUUGAAUUGUCACACUUCCCUGUGUGGAGGCGAGCUAAUAAUUAUCAGAGCUCAGUCUGAACAAUCACUCGAGCAACAUCACAUCAGGUCACUCAAUACACACGAUGGCUCGAGGAACCCGGCUGGACGGUCAGUCCAAGCCUUUUGCUUGGACUACUAUCCUUUACCUUUUGUUAGUUUUUAUUGCUCCUCUUGCACUUUUGGGAACUGCCCAUGCGUCAGAAGAGCAAAAUGUCACAGAAAACUAUGGCACUGUCAUCGGUAUCGAUUUGGGAACUACAUACUCCUGUGUCGGUGUCAUGCAAAAUGGCAAGGUCGAGAUUCUCGUCAACGACCAAGGAAACCGUAUCACUCCCUCAUACGUGGCAUUUACCGAUGAAGAACGUUUGAUUGGUGACGCCGCUAAGAAUCAAUACGCAUCGAACCCUGAGCGGACCAUCUUCGACAUUAAGCGUUUGAUCGGUCGCAAGUAUGAUGACAAGGACGUUCAGAAGGACAUCAAGAAUUUCCCUUUCAAGGUCGCCAACCAAGGCGGCAAACCAGUUGUUAAGGUCGAUGUCAAUAAGACCUCCAAGACUUUCACUCCCGAGGAAGUUUCCGCUAUGGUCUUGAGCAAGAUGCGUGAGAUCGCUGAAGGUUACCUUGGAAAGUCUGUCACCCACGCUGUCGUUACUGUUCCUGCCUACUUCAAUGACGCCCAACGUCAGGCCACCAAGGACGCCGGUACUAUUGCUGGCUUGAACGUCCUGCGUGUGGUUAAUGAACCCACCGCCGCCGCUAUCGCCUACGGUCUGGACAAGACUGGUGAUGAGCGUCAGAUCAUUGUCUACGAUCUCGGUGGUGGUACUUUCGAUGUUUCACUCCUCUCUAUCGACAACGGUGUCUUCGAGGUCUUGGCUACCGCUGGUGAUACUCACCUGGGUGGUGAGGACUUUGACCACCGUGUCAUGGACCACUUCGUCAAGCUUUACAACAAAAAGAACGAUGUUGAUAUCACCAAGGACUUGAAGACCAUGGGUAAAUUGAAGCGCGAGGUCGAGAAGGCUAAGCGUACUUUGUCUUCUCAAAUGUCCACCCGUAUCGAAAUUGAAGCCUUCCACGAGGGCAAGGACUUCUCUGAGACUCUCACCCGUGCCAAGUUCGAAGAACUGAACAUGGAUUUGUUCAAACGCACCCUUAAGCCUGUUGAGCAGGUUCUCAAGGAUGCCAAGGUCAAGAAGGCCGACAUUAGCGACAUUGUCUUGGUUGGUGGUUCUACCCGUAUUCCCAAGGUCCAGGCCCUCCUCGAGGAGUUCUUCAACGGUAAGAAGGCCAGCAAGGGUAUCAACCCUGAUGAGGCUGUCGCUUUCGGUGCCGCCGUCCAGGGUGGCGUCCUCUCCGGUGAAGAAGGAACUGGCGACGUUGUUCUCAUGGAUGUCAACCCUCUUACCUUGGGUAUUGAAACCACUGGUGGUGUUAUGACCAAGUUGAUCCCACGUAACACCGUUAUCCCCACCCGCAAGUCUCAGAUUUUCUCUACCGCCGCCGACAACCAACCUACCGUCUUGAUCCAGGUUUUUGAGGGAGAACGUUCUAUGACCAAGGACAACAACCUUCUUGGCAAAUUCGAGCUUACUGGAAUUCCUCCCGCUCCUCGUGGUGUUCCUCAAAUUGAGGUCUCUUUCGACCUCGACGCUAACGGUAUUCUCAAGGUCAGCGCUGCUGACAAGGGAACUGGCAAGGCUGAGUCGAUCACCAUCACCAACGACAAGGGUCGUCUUACCCAGGAGGAGAUUGACCGUAUGGUUGCUGAGGCUGAGCAAUUCGCUGAGGAAGACAAGGCAGCACGUGGCAAGAUUGAAGCCCGUAACGCUCUUGAGAACUACGCAUUCAGCUUGAAGAACCAAGUCAACGAUGAAGAAGGCCUUGGUGGCAAACUUGAUGAGGAAGACAAGGAUACCAUUCUUGAGGCCGUCAAGGAAGCCACCGACUGGCUCGAUGAGAACGGUGCCAGUGCCACCAUGGAAGAUUUUGAGGAGCAACGCGAGAAAUUGUCCAGUGUGGCCUACCCCAUUACCAGCAAGCUUUAUGGCGCUGGUGCUGGUGGUGCUAGCUACGAGGAUGAUGAGCCUGUAGGCCACGACGAGCUAUAGGCUUUGUUUGUUUCAAGAAAAUAACGGCAAAUUGGGAGUUUUGAGUUUUUUGUUUUUGUCAAGUUGUGCAUAUGAUUCACCCUUGUAUUUUAACGGUUGAUUGUUUUUAGACGGCAAUCAGAGUGAUACCUUGAAAGAUUCUAUACGAAAUCAUAUAUCCAUUCUAUGCUUUUGUUCACGUACUACCUAAUUCUUACCCAGAAACUGCUUGAUAACCUCAACAAUGACCUGAUGAUCAUGUUCCUGCUUCAGUCCGCUGACAACCACAACACCAACAACCUGAUCUACAUUAGCCACUCGAAUCGGAAAACCACCACCGUGAAUAGCAUAAUCAUCCGGCACACCUCCAGGCACAGAACUCUUCAACCCCCUCCCUUGCGCAAACAGUGCCUCAACGUUUUGCCCCGGAGUACUCGAAGCCAAAAACUUCUGUCUAAACGCCCAGGUACUCGAACCAAAUCUCAAGACAGUAUUCCGUUUCCUACGCACCCAUUCCUCAUUAUCAGGUGUUGUGCCGCUUUCAGUCACGGAUUGGAAGAGGAUAUGGUUCCCGUUUGAGGUUGAGAUUGAUAUUACGGCUGGUUUGCGCUGGGUGCUGGGUAGGGAGAGGAUGCGGUUGCGUAGGGCGAUACCGAGGUCGAAGGCGACUGAGGCGUUGAAUGUGGGAAAUGUGUAUGAACAUUC